AGCCACACGUAUUGCUCCCAUCCAGUGGCUGGUGACAGUCGCUCUGCUGCUUGGAACAAUACCCCGGACGGGCGGGCGGACGGGCAGUGAAGUGAGGCACUCGGGAAGGGAGGGGCUCCUUUCUCUCUAGCAUGGUCCUGAGGAUGGGUGACAGCCUCCUGUGAGGUGUAGUGGGCCCUAUGUAGUGAAGGCUGAAGACUCUGGACAGCACAGGUAUCUGCCAUCCCAGGAGUGAGGCGCCGGCUGCAGGGAAUGAAGAGUGAGUGCCCGCUCCUACCGCCGCCGUGUGCCGUGUGCAGUCAUUGAUGCUCCUGGCCUGCCCUAGCCGGUCCCCUCCCGUGUUCAGCCGCUCGUAGCCCCAGCAUCCCUCUCCUCCUCCUCGCCAUGGACGGAUCUUCUCCCCCUGCCCCCAGGCGGCUGGCACCUCUGGCUCUGUGGUCCACUUCUUCUGUGCUGGUCUUCUUCCUUGCCUUCUCCGGCGUCCAGGCGUCCAACCAGCUGCCCAGCGAGUGCCAGAACGGCAAAGGCAAGGGCAUCAACUGCUCAGAACUGAGUAUGAGGGAGUCUGAAGUACGACGAGUUUGUGAUGAAACAACCUGUAAAUAUGGAGGAGUGUGCAAAGAAGAUGGAGAUGUUGUCAAAUGUGCCUGCCAGUUUCAGUGCCACACUAACUAUGUGCCAGUGUGUGGAUCAAAUGGAGACACUUAUCAAAAUGAAUGCUUCCUGAGGAGAUCCUCCUGCAAACAACAGAGAGAUUUAACCGUAGUAUCAAAAGGGCCUUGCUUUUCCGAUGCAGCAUCUGGAUCCGGAGAAGGUGAAUAUGAAGGAUCUGGAACCGAGGUUCAUAGGAAACAUCCUAAAUGUGGUGCUUGCAAAUAUGGAGCUGAGUGUGAUGAGGAUGCAGAAGAUGUAGGGUGUGUGUGUAACAUAGACUGCAGCGGUCAUAACUUUAAUCCAGUCUGUGCCUCUGAUGGAAAUUCCUAUUCUAAUCCAUGUAUGGUGAGAGAGGCCUCAUGCAUCAAGCAGGAGCAGAUUGACGUGAAACAUCUGGGAAGUUGUACAGUCACAGAUGACACCAGCCCAGUUGGAAAGAAAGAUGAUGGCUUACAGUACCGUCCGGAGGUGAAAGAUUCUAGUGAUCAAAGAGAAGAUGACUACAUGGGAAACUAUAUGCCAUGUUCAGAAAACUAUAACGGAUAUUGUGUGCAUGGAACAUGCGAAUUAAGCUAUCCAACACAGAAAGCGUCAUGUCGGUGUGAAUCUGGAUACACAGGCCAAUAUUGUGACAAGACAGAUUUCAACAUACUCUAUGUAGUGCCAAGCAGACAAAAGCUUACCCAUGUCCUCAUUGCAGCCAUCAUUGGAGCCGUACAGAUCGCCAUUAUAGUUGCCAUUGUUAUGUGCAUAACAAGAAAAUGUCCAAAGAAUAACAGAGGACGUCGACAGAAGCAAAAUCUUGGUCAUUUCACUUCAGAUGCUUCAUCCCGGAUGGUGUAGCCUCAGUGUUUUUCUCUUUCUUUUUCAUGUUUAUUUUUUAUACUUACAUUGACCAUGUGCUGUACAUUUUUAUUAUAUCUUUUUUUAAAGAAUGGAAAUAUUUAUUUCAGAGGCUUUAUUUUUGAACAUUUUAUAGUUUAGCUUUGUUGGUUGUCUGUUGUACUUGCAAAACAUCAGCUCUGGCAGCAAUGGACUGAUACAGCUUUCAUUAUUUUUCUUGUUAUUUUUGUUUUUAUAUUAAUUUCCUGAGAACACGGUUCAGUAAUUUUCAGUGUGUGCUUUCGCAUGGUUGUUAAUUAUUCAUAUUUUGUUCUUAAAGUAUCUCAAUUUUGACAACAUUGGGGUCCAAGCCACUAUUGAGCAAAUGAUUUGUUAACUAAGGGCAGGUCAGUGGUCGGUAUAAUACCUAUAAUUUAUACGGUAUAAUAAAAAUGAUUUCAGGCUACAGUUUGCAAACUGCUAUGAGAUACUUUAGCUUGAGAAAGACUGUAACUAGAUCUGAACCUCCAAUGUCCAAAACAAAAUGGCGGAUGAAAUGUUCACUACAUCCCCACGAUUGGUUGCUCCUAUGGAACACAGGCUCAGGCCUCCUGUGGUUGUAGAUAAUGAACAAACAAUAAAAAUGUAAGAAAUACCCUACAAACCAGGCAUGAGCUAAAGGUAACAAUGUUUACAGUUUUUUUCUUACCAAGCUUCAUAGAAGACACUGUGUUAAAUAGAUAUUUCAAUGUUUUAUAGAAUUAGUUAUGGAAAUUUUUUUUUUAAACACUGGCUAUCGCAUGAUAUGUGACUUGUAUUCCGUGAGUAGUGGUAACAUGUUAAAUAUGUUCUAUGGUUUCUAAUCCUGACAUUUAUUACCCAUCGGGGUCUGUCUUCAGGGGCCAGGGACUGCAGUAGGUGCAUUGUUCUGUGGUGUCAUUAUCUGUAACUGUUUUGUAUUCUCUUUUAUUUAUUUAUUUUUUAGUUGAUUGUGUCUGUGACUCUCUGUAUUUUCUACACCAUUAAAAUAAAACAUGUCAAUUGGGCACCAAAAAAUGGGCACCACACAAACAAUCCCCAUUGCUCCCAUGCCACCACUGACCCUUGAAAAAAAAAAUUCCUUCCUUUUUUAAUACAAAUAUAGCAUUUAAUACUACUGGGAGAAAAUGUUUCCUUGGCUCUUACAUUAAGGUCCGCACAAUACUUUUGUUACAUUUAGAUAAAUGUUAAAAUUCAUGUAAAAUAAAAUUUGAAACUGUU